CACGGUUACCCAUAUUGGUUGUCUCUUGACACGUCAACACCCCUGGGAACGCGUGUAAUCUAUGGGAACUGAGAUGGCUGGUUACUACUGGCCAAUUGUUACAGCUACCGCUGUUGUUGUCAUCUCUAUCGCCGCACCAUUGCUACUCGCGGAGGUCUUCCCAUGGCGCAAUCUGUACAAACAGCGAAAUGCCAAGCUCACAGUAACAGCAAAGUCCUUCCAAGGCAAGACAGUCCUUAUCACAGGGGCAAAUGGCGCGUUCGGUUCUCGCGCUGCAAGCUUAAUAGCGAAUCGCGGUGUUGACACUCUUGUCCUCGUUGACGUCAAAGACUGUGAAGGCGUGAAGUCGAAGAUUCUGGCUGAUAUUUCAGGCCCAAACAAGCCUAAUAUUCUGGUUUGGCAAGUUGACAUGCUCUCGUAUAGUAGCUGUCAAGCCUUAGCAAAGAAAGCACGUGAACUCAAGAGCCUCGACCAUGUUUUGAUGACUGCAGGCAUUCUCGCCUUUAAACCCCGCAAGUCGCCCGAAGGAUGGGAAUCAUCUAUUCAAGUUAACUUCCUGUCUACUGCGCUCCUCGCCCUUCUUCUGCUCCCACUGCUCAAAUCUUCACCAUCGAAUCCAGCCUCUCCAGUUCUGACUUUUACGACAACAUUCGGGGUCUAUCCUUCGUCACUCACUAUGUCCGUCCCGAAGACCGGCUCAUAUCUUGGACACCUCAAUAACACCAAAGACGGCAUGAUUCAAGCCCAUCAGUACGGCCGUUCGAAAGCCCUGUUGCUCUACUUCGCACGCGAACUCGCAAACCGAAUCUCGAGGGCGCAAGAACGGGGCAUACAGAAAGUCACAGUCAAUUCCGCAGAUCCCGGCUCUGCGUGGACACCCUUGACGAAUCCGAACCAGGCAAAGUUAAUUCCAAGGUUGAUCAUGGACUUUUCAGCGAGGGAUCCAAUGACUUGCGCUACUGCGCUUGUAAAUGGAGUUUCAGCAACCGAAAAUACACAUGGGAAAAUUGUUAUAGACUACGACCUAUCACCGUAUCCGCCUUUCAUGGAGAGGAAAUCUGGUCGUGCAGCGCAGCAGCGUGUUUGGCAGGAGACCAAGGCCGAAUUUAAGAAGAAGGUCCCAGAAGUUGAAGCUAUUUAUCGAAUACUAGAUGGGGAAUAGGCGGUAUUAUUUCUUCACGGUUCUAACUAUUGUAUAAACCAAGUCAUCAUAUAAUUAAUAAUACUUAUUUUCGAC